UCUCUGUCUCUCUCCCUCUCUCUCCAUCCCACACACACACACACACACACACACACACACACACAGACAGAGACACUCGCUCCAAACACAUUAACCCACAGCGGAGGGAGACGACAGGGUGGGAGAUAACUAGCGCACAUCGCGGAGCUCCGGGAGAGCCGAGCAUCCUUCCUCCUGGAGCCGCCGCUCGCCGGGACUUAACGGAGCCGCGUGAACACCCAUUAAGUUGAGAGGAUGAUUUGACGAGGACGGCCGGAGGGGGAGGCGAGCGGGAGAGAGGAAGAAAAAUGGAUUAAAAGAGGGUGGCGCUCACUGACACUCGGCCUGGUGUCCUGCUGAGGAGAAACAGCGGUGAAGUCUACCUUGAGGACUCUUGACAGCGGCCCAUCUCUGCUCACCUGUGGGGGAACUCACAGCGAGCCACGCGAUCCCAGCGCCGCUCGGAGCCAACUACGCACAGCGUCUGAAGAUCAUCCGUGUGAACCGAAAAGGAAACCAUUAAACAUUUAACAGAGGAGAGCGAGGCAGAAACUGAGAAGGAGAAAAAAAAAGACCUCCGAACCCGACUCUUUCAGCCCGCGCCGGUCCGAGCUGUCCGUCUCAGCCUCAAACAUACUCGUUACCACCACCGAACUGUGAAAUUGAUGUUGUACAAUUGUUCUAAUUCAACUAAUAAUCGUGAGGACUCGUGGAUCUGAGCUGUGGAAAUCCCACUUAUUCUCAGCUUGCUGCUCAUUAAUUAAAAACCACCACCUAUUAUAAGCACGUGUAGCACGGCGCUGAGCUACUUUCGCAAGACCCACUGCUUGACCGAGGAUCCAGGAUUGCUCUUGACUUCGAAGAAGGACCCUUGAGCCCUUGAACCAUCUUCUGACUGUCUGCCCAACUGUAGCAUUUGGGCGUGGGUUCAGAAUUAGGCCCCUGGAUGCCCGCUGAAGAUGACUUGAGUUGGCAGGCCUAAAAGCCCCUCACACCGAGAGAGAGAGAGAGAGAGAGAGAGAGCUUGGCAGUAGGACACACACAAACGCAACACACAAAUGCGGGUGCCGAGGCGGCCUUGAGCCAUGCUGGUGUUGCUACUUGCGCAGCCCUGGAGUACAGGCUAUCAUCAUCCCGAUCAUCAUUCACCCAAGCUGAGGAAGAUUCAACGGCCCCGAGGAGCGAGGCUCUACUUGUGAACGACUCAAAGGAGAUCAGGACGCCGCGCUGACACACAGAGAUCCACAGCCACGUCGAACAAACACACCCAUCAGCCCUCUCCACAAAGCCCGGCUACACGGAAAAAACAAAGCAGCGGCUGACGUAAAAAGGCACCGAGACUGAGCAGGAGCCGAGGACCAACAUGGCAGCUGACAGUAUCGCCGAGCUCCGCGAUUGGCUCUUCCUGCUCCUCCUGUGCCUCACCUUAUUGGCUGAGGUGCUGGAACUGGCGGCAGCGGCAAUCGCCAUGGAGACGGGCGAGGGAGAUGAGGGCAUUGUUUGUCCCUCAGUGUGCCGCUGCGAUGAGGGUUUUGUCUACUGCAACGACCGUGGCCUCAGUAUCAUUCCUCCUACCGUUAAGGCCGCCAUCCUCUACUUGCAGAGCAACCGUCUGAGUAACGCUGGCCUGCCUCCCUCGCUGGAACGCAGCACUUCCAUACGAGUGAUUUACCUGUACGCCAACCAGUUGGAUGAAUUCCCUAUACACCUCCCGCCUUCGUUACGGGAGCUCCAUCUGCAGGAUAAUAACAUACGAACGUUACCGAGAUCAGCUCUGGCCAAACUACCACUACUGGAACGUUUGCACCUGGAUGACAACUCUAUAUCCACAGUUAGCAUCCAGGAGCGAGCUUUUUCCGGGACUCCGCGGCUCCGACUACUGUUUCUGUCUCGGAACCACCUAUCGAGCAUCCCAGCGGGUCUGCCGGCCUCCUUGGAAGAGUUACGACUGGACGACAAUAGAAUCAGCACCAUCCCCACGCAUGCCUUCCGCGGGCUCUCCUCCCUGCGACGCCUGGUCCUCGAUGGGAACCUGCUGGCCAACACGCGCAUUGCAGACGACACCUUCACGCGUCUCUCCAACCUGACUGAGCUGUCGCUGGUCAGGAACGCGCUGCAGUCCCCGCCGGUUUACCUACCAUCCGCUCACCUUGUGCGACUUCACCUGCAAGACAACGGAAUGACUCACAUACCACGGGGGGCGCUGGAUGGGAUGCGGCGGCUACAGAGGCUGGACCUGUCGGGAAACAAUCUGACCACUAUCCCACGGGGACUUCUGAAGGACACAGAAAGCCUGGAGAUGCUACUGCUGCGAGGAAACCCCUGGUACUGUGGCUGCAACCUUCGCUGGCUCCACGCAUGGCUUCACACCCGUGGGGCAGCGGUGACAGUCAGGGGUCUGACCUGUCAGGGGCCCGAGUCUGUAAGGGGACAGGCCCUCAAAGAACUAACCUCCCUGAUGGAUCAGUGUGAAGGCCCUGCUGCUGGUCCCAGUACUGGAAUGGGGAUGAACCCAGCAGAAAAAGAUGGAGAUGGAGGAGGAGGUGAAGAACGUGUUGGAGGGGACCAAGCAGUGGAUUCCGUUCCCCAUGGCAGCACCACCAGCACCUCCCUGCUGGUCCCGACAAAAGGUUCCCUCUUCACCCUGCGAGCCAAGCGGCCGGGCCUUGUAAUGCCUUUGCCUCCCGGUGAGGGGGGCCACGUGUCUGGAGAGGCCCUGGAGCUGACUGUAAAGCCUCUCUCUGCGGACAGUGUACUGGUGAGCUGGCUGUGCCCACAGUCGGCACCCUCCUUCCGCUUGUCGUGGCUGAGGCUGGGUAGCAGUGCGGCUCUUGGCUCCAUAACAGAGACUCUAGUGCCUGGAGACUGGAGGCAGUACACACUCGAACACCUCAGCCCACGCUCCCAUUACCUCAUCUGUCUGCUGCCACUACGACAGGAGUCCUCCUUUGGGGGUUCCAGCAUGGGUUCAUCGCGAGUUAGUAGCACGGACACAGACAGCAAAGACUCGGCCCCGGCCUGUGCUCAGAUAGAAACUGGAGACGCUCUGGUCAGCGCAGGGGGGGAGGGUUCAGACAAAGAGGGACAGGACUCUGAACUAACAGCCCUGCCAUUGGCUGGGAUCAUAGGGGGUGCCACGGCAGUUGUAAGCCUGCUGUUAAUCUUUGGCAUUUUCUGCUGGUACGGACAGAGAACAAGUUACGUGUCCGGGGACACGGGUGCAUACAGCAGGGGCCGGGGCGGGAAACAGUACGACGACUAUGUAGAGUCGGGCACCAAGAAAGACACUUCCAUCUUAGAGAUCAGGGCCCCGCCUGCAGGGUUUCAGAUGACAGCUAUGGCCCAUCAGGCCCUGCAGCCUAAGCUGGAGGAUGUCACCUACAUUCACACCAUUUUCCCCUCUUCUUCAUCUACCGCCCAAGCUAACGGGACGUACCGGAGCAGCCACGGAGCCGGGAGCCUCAAUGGCACCAUCCUCAGCCAAACCAGCCACCAUCACGCCACUUACGGUACCAACCGUGGCUACAGAGAGGGCGGCGUCCCUGACAUUGAUUAUGUCUACACGUGAUGAUACGGCGACACACUAUCUGAGCCACGAAUGCCGGGCGCCAUUUCUAUGAUGACGACCCGUUGGCUGGUGGUCAUAUUGUCCUUGGUUUCCAAAGUACCCUCUGUGCCUCUGCUGGUUCAAUUAUGAUUGGUUUGCUAGGUAGAAAAGACUUAUUUCAGCUGUGUUGAUUGGACAUUGCUAUUGAGUUACAGACGUAACAGUCCUACUAUACUCUACUGCUGUAUAGUGCAUUAUACAGUGGGUCCUUCUUUCGGGCUUCUUGUAGUUAUAAAUGGUUACGUUAUCACUUUUGGACAUCUCAGUGUCUUUCAAACCUACUGUUCUUCUCAGCUCAUAAUAGACAGUAACUUAUUUGAGGUUGAUAUCCUAGGCUUAGCUGAUUUAGCAGGAGAUAUAUUUAUGAGAAAAAAGGCACUUGAUGUGUAUAGAGAUAGCUCUCAUAUCUUCCAACCAACUGUAAGCUCUGUGCUGUAUAGAUAAAAGAUUUGACAGAGAGAGAAAUCAAUGGUUGUUAUAGCCCACAGAUGACAAUGCAUCGUGGUUGACAUGAAAAGAUGUGUUCCUAGCCCCCUCUUUUCCUCCGGUUUACUCCCCUGCUUUCUUAAUUUUUGCCUACUUUGAGCCUCUUUUUCUUUUGGCGGAGGCUCCUUUUAUUUCUCUUGUGUCUUUUGUGGUGUCGUGAGCAGAGGACGACUUUGUUCUCGCCGAGGGAGCUGACAGCUGUGAUAAGAGUUCUGACAGAGACAGGAGACACAGACCACAGCAUGGGGAGACUAAUGAGAGGGAGAGAGAGAGCGUGUGUGGGGGGGAGGGGGGUGAUGGAUAUAUCGGUGGUUAGAAUAGAAAGUAAGACAUGGGGAGAGGGGUGUUUUUUGGGAGGAUGGAAGCCCUGAGAGAGGUGUGAUGGAUUAAGCCAGAGAGCAAUGACAGAAAAUGAAGGGAAAAGGGACGAUAAGUGAAAAAAAGGGCAUGUGACAAAGGCAGCGGCAAGAGGGGAAAAAAACAGACAAAAGGAAACGAAGAUGGGAGCCUGAGGUAAAGAAGAGGGGUGACGACUGUAAUAACGUGACAUCAUCAUCCAAGAAAUGAAAAAAAAAGUUUCAACGCCAUCGUAUCCACUGGUGCACUCAGCAGAUACCUGGCUGCACAUUUGCUACGAGGACUGACGUCUUGAGCUGCCUGUGAUCAUUACAAGUGAACCGCAUGCCUCCUGUAUCCCGUACCAUAAAAUGGACACAUUUAAAUACCAAUGUUUGUAGGACAACAUCUAGAAGAGAGUCAUGGCAAGACAAUCAAAUGAUUGUAAAGAAAGUGUAGCAAAAAAAUGAGUAGCUUGAGAAGAACGGCCGUUAAAAACCUCUCACCCGGAAUUAAGCCCAAUUUUUUUUAAGGUCUGGUCAUGUUAUUAAAUUACUUUUGCAAAUGAAAUGAGAGAAACCCAAUUAUCCAUCUUAUAAUAGUAACUCUUUAUCAUCUAGAGUCUGGUUCAAUCUUCUUAAAUGAACAUUUUCAGCAGCUAAUAUUUUUUAGGACGUUGGAACCGCUGACAAAAUAGCUGUAAAACUAGAGAUAAUAAAGUAAAAGGUGAGAAGACGAUUAGUCAGUUAAGCCCAUUCAAACAAAAUCUAUCUGCUACUAUUUAGAUAAAUAAUUCAUCAUUUUCAUCAAGUCGUUUUCUGAAAUAAAUAAAUAAAUAUGUCCUUCAGCUUCAGAUUCCCAAAUUUGAGUAUUUCAUAGUCUUAUACUUGACUGAAAAUUGGAUGAGACACAGAAUUCUUACGACAUUACCUUGGCCAGUAAACUGCUGACAAGGAAUUUCAAUUUAGAGUUGAAAUCAAAGUGAAACGAAAAAAUAAUAUUCUAAAACGCCUGAAAGUUCAAACUGAUUAAUUUGAUGCAUUCUGUGAGUAGGAAGUUCAUUGGUUUACUAGGUUGUCCAAUUUUUUUCUCAACUUAAUCUUUAUUGGGAAAAGUUAAACAAAUACACAUUACAGUUAUUAUUAAAAAAAAAAAAAACAUUUAAAUUCCACCUCGUCUAAAACCUAAACAUGUUCGAAUUAUGGCGUCCAGUCUUUAGCCCCCACUACAGAACGGGCGCGGGAAUCGCUGCCCGCCCGCUGCACUGUGCGGUUUAACAGGCAAACGUGCACAACGCACGCUGCACGGAGCGGGAAACGGCCCCCGCUGACAUCCCCUGUGGGAGGAGAAACCUCAAAGCAAAACCCUCACCAGCAGCCAGAGAUUGAAGGAGGACGGAGUAAAGUGGAGGAGGGAAGGAUGGGGAUAAGUGUGGAUAAGUGAUAUGUAAGGAGAGACUCUCAGUGGCUCUCUGUCUUUUUCCAGCUUGUGUUACUGUGAGCCAGCAACAUCGGACGAGCUCAGUGUGGGUUUUCUAGGGUUGUUUUGAUUGUUUUGCAGCAUUCGUUUUUGUUUUAUAUUUGUUUUGAAGAGCACUGAAGCCUUCUUUCACUCUGUGCAGAAAUCCUUUUUCCAUUAAAAAUGUCACCCUCAGACGUGAUGAUAAAAAAAUGAAAAUGUUAUGUAUAAACAUAAAAACGGGUGCAAAACGCUGUUCCAUUUAUUGUCUUUUUUUCUACACAGAUGAAUAAAGACUUCUAAAAGGAAAA